AUGCAAAUAGACGAUGUUCUCAUUCAAAUGCUUCUUCCAGCGGAUGAUUGGUAUUACACCAACCACAGCACGAAAUACGGUGUAUUUGUAAAAUAUCAUGCAGCACGUGUACUGAUUUAUGUUGGGAUGGGAGAUCGCGUCGGAAAUCGAGUAAACUUGUUCACCAUUACAGCAAAUGAUGCACCAACGCCGAGCAAAACGACUUACCCAAAUGAAGACGACUACAUUUGUGAGACUUGCGCUACUCCAAGAGUUAUGAGCGCAUUUUCCCGGUCCGCCAUGUCUGUUGAGGGCAUCUUGUUGAAGAUUCUGAAUGAAGUGGCUGAGCUAGCAAAGCUAGGCAGUCAUCUGUCAACGAAUGAGCCCAUCACUGAAGAGUCUCCUAGCCGAACAUCACCGCCGGCACUGAUAGGUAACGAAGCUGAGACACAAGCGGUAAGCUUCUGUAUAUAACC